GAUAUCCCCUCGCCCUCAUAUUCUAACUCCCUUUCCUCAAGUCCAGGUAACUCCUUACCUAAAGUCACAAUAACUCCCUUUCCUCAAGUCCAGGUAACUCCCUUACCUAAAGUCACAAUAUAUCCUUUUCUUCAAGUCCGGGUAACUCCCUUACCUAAAGUACCAAUAACUCUCCUCCCUCAAGUUCAGGUAACUUCCUUACCUAAAGUUCCAAUAACUCUGUUACCUAAAGUCCCAGUAACUUCUUUCCCUCAAGUCUCAAUAACUCCCUUACCUAAAGUUCCAAUAACUCCCUUACCUCAAGUCUCAAUAACUCCCUCACCUCAAGUCUCAAUAACUCCCUUACCUCAAGUCUCAAUAACUCCCUCACCUCAAGUCUCAAUAACUCCCUCACCUCAAGUCUCAAUAACUCCCUCACCUCAAGUCUCAAUAACUCCCUUACCUCAAGUCUCAAUAACUCCCUCACCUCAAGUCUCAAUAACUCCCUCACCUCAAGUCUCAAUAACUCCCUCACCUCAAGUCUCAAUAACUCCUUCACCUCAAGUUUCGAUAACUCCCUUACCUAAAGUCAUGAUAGCUCCCUUACCUAAAAUCACAAUAACUCCCUUUCUUCAAUUCCGGGUAACUCCCUUACCUAAAGUUCCAAUAACUCUCUUCCCUCAAGUCCAGGUAACUCCCUUACCUCAGGUCUCAAUAACUCCCUUACCUAAAUUUCCAAUAACUCCCUUAUCUCAAGUCUUGAUGACUCCUUCACCUCAAGUCUCAAUAACUCCCUCACCUCAGGUCUCAAUAACUCCUUCACCUCAAGUCUCGAUAACUCCUUCCCCUCAAGUCUCGAUAACUCCUUCACCUCAAGUCUUGAUAACUCCUUCACCUCAAGUCUCAAUAACUUCCUCACCUCAGGUCUCAAUAACUCCUUCACCUCAAGUCUCGAUAACUCCUUCCCCUCAAGUCUCGAUAACUCCUUCACCUCAAGUCUUGAUAACUCCUUCACCUCAAGUCUCAAUAAUUCCCUCACCUCAAGUCUCAAUAAUUCCCUCACCUCAAGUCUCGAUAACUCCUUCACCUCAAGUCUCGAUAACUCCUUCACCUCAAGUCUUGAUAACUCCUUCACCUCAAGUCUCAAUAACUCCCUCACCUCAAGUCUCAAUAAUUCCCUCACCUCAAAUCUCGAUAACUCCUUCACCUCAAGUCUUGAUAACUCCUUCACCUCAAGUCUCAAUAACUCCUUCACCUCAAGUUUCGAUAACUCCCUUACCUAAAGUCAUGAUAGCUCCCUUACCUAAAGUCACAAUAACUCCCUUUCUUCAGUUCCGGGUAACUCCCUUACCUAAAGUUCCAAUAACUCUCUUCCCUGAAGUCCAAGUAACUCCCUUACCUCAGGUCUCAAUAACUCCCUUACCUAAAGUCCCAAUAACUCCCUUACCUCAAAUCUCAAUAACUCCCUUACCUCAGGUCUCAAUAACUUCCUUACCUAAACUCCCAAUAACUCCCUUUCCUCAAGUCUCAAUAACUUCCUUACCUAAACUCCCAAUAACUCCCUUUCCUCAAGUCUCAAUAACUCCCUUACCUAAAAUCCCAGUAACUCCCUUUCCUCAAGUCUCAAUAACUCCCUUACCUAAAAUCCCAGUAACUCCCUUUCCUCAAGUCUCAAUAACUCCCUUACUUAAACUCCCAAUAACUCCCUUUCCUCAAGUCUCGGUUGGAUCUAUCAUUGAUCCCUUCUACCAACCUAUCAUUCCUAAGAGGCAAUUCACACAGUGCUACACAGAACCCAAACAGCAGGGUUACUGUACUUAUAUUACCACUGCUGUUCCAAAACUGGGGUUGGGCAACUUUGACAACAAGAUUGAAAGUGUACUUCAAUCUGGCAUGUGGCUCUACUAUGAAAACACCAACUACAAUUGUUUCGUCUCUGGGAAAGUUUUCUAUAUCAUUGGCACUAACAUUGGUGUGACUUUACCAUUUACAUAUAGCAGAAUUUUUUCCUCUGUUCGUCCCAUUGGAGGUGAAAAUGCUGAAAAAGGUGACAUGCUCAUUAGCUACCAAGGCGAGCAAUUCACAGGACCUCAAUAUUUCUUCCAAAAUGAUGAUCCCUUAAUGUUGGAGAAAAUUGGGACGAUCUCUUCUAUAAUUGUCCUUGGACAUAGCAAGUGGACUGUAUACAGUGAUGAACACUACAGAGGUGUCGGUGUUUGUGUGUAUUCCAACAUCUACCCUGUGCAACUCAACAUUAAUCCGUACAAUGUUGGAAUGUAUACAAAUAUCACAAUGCUGGGCCUUCCUUACAUCAAAUCUGCAAAAAAGGGUUGUCAGUCCGAUUAUGGAGUCGAGCCCCUAGGUGUGAAUGGCCAGAAUGCUGAUGGAUACUAUGGAGCCAUAAUGUAGUUGUGCAACUGAAGACUGUGAAAUGGAACCCCCACAUCAUACACUAAGUAAAUACAUAUUGUUUAAAAGAAUGAUAUAUGAAGUCAAGGAAUGACUGAUGGAUUAAAUGUAAAUGAAACAUCUCGCAUAAGAAUUGUCCAUGUGUUCAUGAGUCUAGAAAUGAGCUCAUGGGAAAACAAAAAACAAAAAACUGUUUGGCUAUAAAGAAUAAAAGUAUAUCGCUUUCAAAACCUCUGGAAGGGGAUGGAAGAUUUCAUGUCACUACAUUGUAGGAUAAGGUAUGCACAACUAUUAAAGCAUUCUUCUCUUCAUCCUCUACGUAUAUAUAUGAUUUUGCAUAAGAUAACACUACUUCUGAUGACUUUUUCAUUAAUUGAGCACUAUUCAUUGGGAUACACUUUGUUGACCAUCACGCAGAACUUCCCUUAAGCAAUCACCCACACCUGUCUUCUCCACCAUACAUGAGGUAUAAGAAUGCAAGAAUGUAAUGAUAACAAUUUCUUUUUAUUUGCCUAAUGAGCCAAGCAUAUAUUUUGUUGUCUUGUAAAAAUAAUUUACACAUUUUGUACUUGUGAAAUUUUAUGUAGAUUUACAACUCACACAAUAUGUCAGACAACUAAUGCAUUUUUAUACAUUAAUGCAGAAUAAAAUACUUGGAAAGACAGCACUCAUAUAAAAGUAACCAAUCUC